AGAUAUCCGCCAUACGCGCUACCAGGGGCAUUCCGCCGAGACGCUAUUAUCAAAACUCGAUACUUUCGUUAUCGCAAUCUCGGAUGGGCCGUGACAUGGGUCACCGGGGAUGUUGUUGCCGAAUAUCACUCUGCCUAACUUAUUCAGGAUAAGGCUCUUCAAGCAGAAACUUGAGUAAUGUCGUGCAUGUUAUCCGCCUUCUUGGGCUUUCAAGUAGUUGCAUCUCCCACAGCUUUCAAGGGUUGAUCUUUCAGCCAUGUCCAACCUUAUUGCGACCGUCCUUUUGGCCGUGAGCGCCCUGGCAGCACUCUACCUCUACACCAACAACAAGAGCCAGAAUGCAUUCCAAAAGCCCCUCCUUAAGCUUCCCCUUAUUAGUGAUCUUCACAGCUCUCCGAUCGAGAAACCACUGAUAAACUGGAGCGCUUGGUCUAAACAAUACGGACCGAUUACAGUUCCCAAGCUGUUUGGAAUUGUACCCAUUGUCGUACUCAAUUCGUACGAGGCCGUCACUGAACUGUUCAGUCGUCGCAGUCAAUGGUACAGCAACCGGCCGACUUCCGUAAGCAUGGAGAUGAUUACGGGGGCCGCCCCAGGCUGUUCUCGAUUUACGCUGAUGCACGAUUAUGACGAUCAUCUCAAGCUGCAUCAUCGCAUCCUGUCACCAAGCCUGGGUGCGCCUGCAGCGGCCAAAUUCCAGCCGCUGAUGGAACUCGAGGCCAAGCAACUGCUCUUUGACCUCGCUACUGCCUUAAGGAAGUCCACAGACGGUUCCACAAUUACUACGAAGAUCAUCUACCCUUUACUCGAGCGAACCCAGUCUAGCGUCAUCCUUGCCCUUCAUUAUGGCCUCCGCAUACCCAAGUUCGAAGAGCCACUUCUCCAUGAGGUUAUUGCCAUCCAAGCGAAAGUCACUCACCUUGCCGCAAAUCCUCAGCUUCCAGAUCUUGUGCCCUUCCUUCGUUACUUGCCCGCCUUCAUCUCCCCGUGGCAAAAAUAUGCUGACAAGCUCUACGCUUCUCAGGUUGAUCUGUAUAUGCGCCUAUUUCGCCACGGUAAGGGCGCACCGGGUUGGAAUGCAACAAAGCAAGCCAUCACAACCGCAUCAAAACACGCUCCUGUGGACUCACCAGUAUCAGAUCUCGACCUUGCCUUCACGCUCGCGACAUCUAUUCAGGGCGGGAUGGAAACGUCACCGCGCCAAUUACUCUGGCUCUUUGUCGCAGCUAUACAGAAUCCCGUUGUUUUGACCCGUGCGCAUGAAGUUCUAGACCAGUUCGUUGGCCGCGAACGGCUUCCUAGAUUCUCGGACCGGAACAACCUCGUCUACGUUGACGCUGUCGCACAUGAACUGUUCCGCUGGCGGCCUAUCUCUCCAGGGUCUAUUCCACGGCGUGCGGACCGUACGGACGAAUUCGAUGGCGUGAAGAUUGCCAAAGGCGUAACCAUCAUGGCAAACGCAUGGGCCAUUGGCCGCGAUGAGGUGGUUUUUGACGCUUCACUUGGUGACGCGCAAGAUUUUGUCCCUGAGCGCUGGUUACGCAAUGGAAAGCUUCGCGGCGACCUUCCACUUCCUGUGUUUGGCCAGGGUCGAAGGAUUUGCCAAGGAAAGCGUGUUGCUACAGACGGAACUUUUAUGAACAUCGCGCAUCUUCUCUGGGCGUUCGAUGUGGAGGCUCUAGAGGGCGAGGAGGUGGAUCCGUGGGAGAUGAGAGUUGUUGGCUUCAUGACUGAGCCUAAGCCUUUCAAAUUCCGCCUCAAGCCUAGGGGGAAAUGGGUGCUUGAUGUGGUGAGUAAGGAAUGGUACAGUACCGAAAAGAGUUUAGAAGAGGUGAUGGGUAUAUCUCAUGACGUUGAGAAGUAGCAUUGAAGUUUGGUCUUCCUCCACCAUGUUUGAGCCUCUCCAUACCUAUUUGAACUCUAAUCUUUCCACAUCGGAAAAUGGAAGCGGCAAGAUCUCUGGAUAGAGAACGACAUCUGCAACGGCUCGACGGCCGAUGCCCCACAGAGUCACUUGAGUGGCCGUCAGGGUUUUUGCUGGUUCUGUACCUCUCAAACCCUCCCUAGUUCGUGGUGGGAUAGUUCAUCUUAGAUAACAUGCCAAGUGGAUAGAGCAUACCCGCUGACAGUAUGGUCAACUGUAGCUUCGGGGCCUUCGAU